GCUUAUCGACUCUGACAUCAGCUGUCAAGAAGCACUGAAACAGACCUCUUCUUGCAGCCGUCAUCUUUCCUUAUUCUAUCUUGGCUUUGCGAGAGGCAGCUUGUAACGGUUCUCACAGUUUCGCUUUCUACAUGGCGUCUAGGUAUAUAAUCAUAUGUCCGAUCACAUAGCAGCAUCACCGCAGUCAAUUACCUGAUGUACCAAUGUCAUGCUAUGGCGGCCCGCUGAACCUUCUCCCCCUUGUCUUGGGGACGAUGAGGGGUCCACGGGUGUGCCACAGCCCGCUCCGCAGCCUCCGCCGCGUUGGAGACUCCGCCCCGCCCCAAGGCCUGAAUCUCAAACGGACGACAUCCAAUCUCCAGGAAGAACGCCGUCGGGCUGAGGACUUCAUACAUGGCGCCAAGUGCAACUGAGAACAUACCUUAACCACUGUCCCAAUACAUAGUCAGCCUCUCCUUUGUUUUGCUCUUCUUUUAAUACCACAAUCCUUCCUUCUCCUUUGCCGGCCUCAACUACGUCGAUAUCUGUACCCCGAGUGGCUGUCGCAUCGUGAAUUUGGCAAGAUUAUAGGCAAUCACACGUACCCAGCAUAACCCAACCCACCUUGCCGGACACCUCGGCUUCCCAAGAAACCAACUCUUCGACUUUCAUUUUGUUUUACCGUAGGACUCAAAUCGCAAACAUAUCCCGGUGCCAAACCUGACGUUAGCUUCCUUGUGUCGACAAAUCGUUACCAAGAUGGGUUUCCGCGACAAGUUCAGGAAGAAGGAGGAGGAGGAGGGAAACAGCACCCUCGAUUUCACGUUUGUGCGAUCCGAUACCCAUAGUGCCGAGGUGAUCCAGCCUCCAGGAGAACCCGUUGGUGCCAGUAACGACGGGUUCCUCAGUCCAGGCCCGCAAACACCCCAGAAGUCCCGCCGAAGCCUCGACGUCUUUCGAAGUAACCGCAGCCGAAGCGCAUCUGCAUCUAGCAACCAAGGCGGUGGCCACAAGCGCCUAUCGCAACGGCUACACCUGAGCCGCAGUCCAGCCAGUAGCGAGAUCGUACCGCAAGAUCUGCCGGAGAUCGUGGUUCCGGAGGGGGGCGUCGAGGACAAGGACGGGACCGAGUCGCAAUGGGAGAAGCGAGCCACUCUGCUUGCUCGCGAGAACGAGAAGCAUCGCAGCCGGCCAGGGACCCCCGAUCACGGAAGUUCUCCCCCGACUCUACCUCAGUUGCGCUUAGGCGAUGCGUCCGCGGACGAGGCGCCAGAUCCCAGGGUCAAGGUGGUGUCAUCGAAGGCCAUCGACGAGGAUAUCCAGGAGGCUAUCAGGUUGCAUGAGGCAGGAAAACUGGAAGAGUCGACGGCGUUGUUUGGCCGGUUAGCGGAUCCUAAGGGGGCCAACAACCCCCUUAGCCAGGUUCUCUAUGGUCUCGCCCUCAGACACGGAUGGGGUUGCCAACCGAACACUGCUGCCGCCGUCAACUAUCUCUCCGCGGCAGCAUCCAAUGCCGCCGAGAUUGAGCAGAUGGCCCUCCAAGCAGGACUCAAGAAAGGAGGAGCAGCCAAGGGGGAGCUGGUUCUGGCCAUAUUCGAAUUGGCCAAUUGCUUCCGACACGGAUGGGGUAUUGCCAAGGACCCCAUUGCUGCAAAGCAGUACUACGAAACGGCAGCGAAUCUCGGCGAUACUGACGCGAUGAACGAAGUCGCAUGGUGCUAUCUUGAGGGGUUCGGCACUAAGAAGGACAAGUUUACGGCAGCGAAGUACUACCGGAGAGCCGAAGAAAACGGAAACAAGAUUAUUGGAAACACCUGGUAA